UCAACAACUAAAAUUCAUGGUUUUACAAAAGGCUUUGGAGGUGUGGGACCUACAAGUCAUUCCUCUUGAUUCUCCAGUUGCCGAGCCGGCCCAGGUUGAUCCUGAGCUGGAAAAUGCCUUUAUUUGUCAUUUGCAAGAUCAUUGGUUUUGUAUCCGCAAAGUGAAUGGAGAGUGGUAUAACUUUGACAGUCUCUACGCAGCUCCACAGCACCUUUCCAAGUUUUACCUUGCAGCCUAUCUCGACUCUUUGAAAGGCUCUGGAUGGAGCAUAUUCCUGGUGAGAGGAAAUUUUCCAAAAGAGUUUCCCAUCUCUUCGGCUGAAGCUUCCAACGGUUUCGGCCAGUGGCUUUUACCUGAAGAUGCUGAGAGAAUAACUAAAUCUUGUAACUCAGUACAGCAGGCUCCACAACAAGAAAGAGUUGAGGAAAGGCAACACUAUUCGAAUCAGUUUCUUUCACGUGAGGAAGCUGAACUGUUUUCGGACAUGGAAGAUGAGGAUCUAAAGGCGGCUAUAGCUGCUAGUCUGAUGGAUUCAACCCCAAUUGUGACCAAUAUUGCUGAAGCUAGUAAUCCUCAAAAUAAUGACAAGCAAAAGAGUAUACAAGUGGAAACCAUUGAAGAAGCUAGUGUACCUCCCAGUGAUAAAAACAAUCAACAAGAUGCGUCUUCUUUUGGCGGUGAUAACUCUCAAAGGGAAAACCAGAAUAAAGAGAAGAACACUCUCUGAGUUGAGAGUAGUGUGGUUUUAUUUGCACCUGGUUUGUUUUUGCAAUUGAGGACAAUAAUCUAUGUCGGUUUAAUUGGUUAAAACAUACAUCAGUGGCUUCAAGUCAUGGUACUGUGCAGUAUACACAUUCUCACAUUGAUUGCAUGAUUUAUUUUAUACUGUAAGGAAAACCCUUCAACAUGUUAAUCAGAUUAUGAUAUCAUCAACUUUUGACAAUGUUUUUUAAAA